AUGAAACUCCUACAAUAUACGGGUCUCACUUUGGUUCCGGUCACAUUGUUCGGCGUCACCUGUAAUGGCUUAGUAGUCCUUGCCAUCCUUACCAACCGAACUCUCAAAGACUCAUUUGUAAUUCUCACUGGAAACCAGGCGAUCUUCUAUUGGAUCUUUGGGAUGGUCUAUGCAAUUUAUAUAAUCCCAAUGCUGGUGUUCGACUCAAAAUUCAUGAUGGAAAAGUCCCAUUAUGCUGGAUAUCUGUUACUGAUGUGUUAUGACGUAGGUGUUCAAGCACAUUUCUUAGUAACUGUUAACCGAUUUUGUGCGGUAUUCAUGCCAAUGGUUUAUAGGAGUUUAUUCAGCGCCAAACUUACCAAACUAGAAGUAUUUACAUCCUUCCUUAUCUCCUUUACCACGCUCACUAUAUUCUUCCAGUUUUUACCCUGUCGUUGCUACUACGGUGAGGAAGACCUCAGCUUCAUCUUCAACGAUUAUCCAAUCUGUUGGGAUUAUGACGCCAUAGAUGCAAUUAAAGUUUGUUCGAUGUGCCUUUUUAAUGUGAUAGUUGACACAAUUACUAUCUGGAAAGUGAGAAAGAUAAGAAGCUCGCAAACGACGACAAAGUUUCAGAAGAAGGAGAUUGACUAUUUGCAACAGUCCUUCGUCCAAGCUCUUUUCAUCUUUAUAUCCAUCCCUGCUAUCUACAUUGUCCCAUUUUUCACUACAACUCCUCUAGCCAGUUUCAUCAUGAAGACUUUAUUUUGGGGAUCCAUUCAUGCUGUCGAUGGUGCAUUAACCCUAUAUUUCAAUGCCGAAAUCAGAAAGUCGCUAGCUAAGCAGUUCAACCUUAAUAAAGUAGUUCCGGAAUCAAUGCAGAGGGCUAGUUGA